GGUCGAGUUUGAGACUCUUUUUCAGUACACAGGACUGAUGCUGUUGGAGGAGAUGGCCUCAAUCUUGCUUACGCCAUAUCUACUUAUGUUUGUUGUCCCUAAGCGGGUGGAUGAUAUCUUAAAGUUCAUCAAGGACUUCACUGUGGAUGUUCAAGGCGUGGGCCACGUUUGUAGCUUUAGCCUCUUCGAUUUUAGAAAUCACGGAAACAAAAGAUAUGGUUCGCCAUUUAACUCGUCUCAUGAUCAGAGGAGUUCCCAGGGGAAAAUGGAGAAGUCAUUCUUGAGCUUUCAGAUUGCGUAUCCGUCAUGGGAUCCUAAUGAUGACGGGAAGCAGUUCCUCGCUUCAUUGAAAACAUUCAGAGAUCAAAAGCUAAGAGGUCAAGGAACAGCAGCCUCGCAGACGGCAUCAGGGAUGGUGCAUCAGAAUCCGAGAUUCAGAGGCUUUAGCACGAACGAACGGGAUGCCAUGUUUUCGAGGGAAACAGUGUUCAACAAUACGGGGAACUUCCACCAGUUUGACUCGAUGUGGCUGAUCGACUGUGAGCAGAAGAAUUUUCCCUACAUUCUGGAAUGGUAUUACACCUCUUACAAUCACGACAGAGACGAGGAUAACACGAGAGAGACGCUGUCGAGAAGCUACGACCAUGAUGAGGAGAACCCUCCCGCUCUAUGGAUGCCGUCCCAACUGGCCAACAACACUCCCAAAUACGACGAUGUCAACUGGGACGACAACCUGUUUGAGGAUCGCGCACAGAGCCAUCUAGAAGCUUCGACAUCGGUUCCUCUCUACCAAGAGAGUGUGCUGCAGCAGCAUCACGAGUCCAAUGACACACAGCACCCUGGCAGGAGCCACUGGUGGGCCAGGAUGCGGCCACAGGGUCCAGGUCAGGAGACGAGCUUUCUUGAGCCGCCAAACUUCUUCCAUGAAGCUUCCCACGAUGACGGCAACAACUACUCGGACGAGAGAAGCGGCGAGGAAUAUCAGCUGGACUUGAGAAACUUGAGGGGGCUGUCGAGGACGUUCUACAUGGACGAUUUAGAUGGAGGGAAUUUCAAUCUUCCGUUCGUCGACAUAUAUGAAGACCCGUUGGACAGGGGCUUGGGCUCGGUGGAUUCUGAGCCUCCAAAUCUGGUGUGAGAGCUCGCUCGGGUUUGAAACAAGUAGACUAUUGUUGAUCCAAAAUCUCAAAAUUAUUUCAUGUAGAUAACAAAAAAGUGUACAGAAAUUGGAAUGUGAAGUUUGGUUUUCCCAUAUGCUUGCUUCGCAAUGUGGGGAGGUGAAUUCUAGUGGCGUGGUGACGCUCAAAUUGUAAAAACUGCUCUAAUCAUUCUUGUAUGCUAGUAGUGUUAUGGUAGGCUA